UACUCAGCUAAAUGUAACAAGUAAACCACCCACUUCUAACUGUCAUUUACCCGAAGCAACAUGUGGAAUUAACUGGUGUUGCAGAAUUAUACAUUUGUUAUUUUGUUUUAAAUGCUGUCUCCGUGUUUCAAGUUAAAAUAUCCCUGUAAUAACGCAAAAGUGUAAUGUGCUCUGAAAAGAGUAAAUAUCUGUUACGCUUUUAUUUAUUUAUUUUUACUGUGCAUUACUGAGGGAAUCCAUAAAUAUGAAUGGUCUGAAUCCCAGACCUCUGCAUAAAUAAAGUGUCGGUGUUACAGGAACAUCUGACAAAAAUUAACCUUGACUUUAAUUGAAUUUAAUUUGACCUAUAUUGAGUCACACUCAGGAUAUGCAGUGUUUUUUUACUCGGACUACUUAAAUGGGAAAUAAUGCCCAUAUAUAUGGCAACAGAAUUUAUGUUAAAACGGCUUGCCAUACCCAUAAAAUCCAGGCAAAAGGGCAUUGUGACGUUUUCACCUCACAGCCGUUGGUUGCACCCAACGAGUCACGAGCCCGCCCACCGAGGAGUCACGGUUGCUAUGGUUACCGCGGACUCUGUUGCUUCAUCUGGUUAAACCUGGAACAAGACGUCGAGAAAUCGGUUAUCUUGAAUUGCAAGGGAAGCUAAGGGAAGGAAAAGCAGCGAUGUCUGAACAACUUAAGGAAAAACCACCAAAAGCAGAGAAGAAAGUAAAACUUCCCGCGGAGGGACCCAGAGCCAAAGAAAAAGCUGGCCGAAUUAAGGACCCUGCCAGUACGCAUGUGGACGAGCAUGUGACCCAUGAAGAUCCCACAGCUUCCCUGAUUCCGAAUACUUACCAACUGAGCCCUAAUAAACCAUUCCCUAUCACUACUAUCUCACACAUACUGAAGGAAGAAAUCACCCAUCGCCUCCGAGAUGUGCGAUAUGAUCCGGUUCGCUCUCGAGAAAUGACCCUAACUCUCUGUGAAGUGAUAAGGACCCGCAUGAAGGAGUUUAUGAUCUCCAGGUAUAAAACCGUCAUCCUGGUCCACAUCGGCCAGCUCAACGGCCAGGGGCUGCAGAUCAGCAGCCGCUGUCUGUGGGAUCCAAACUUCGACACCUUUGUGUCCCACUCCUUCAAGAACACCUCUCUGUUCUGCAGCGCCACCGUGUAUGGGAUCUACUUUGAGUAAAACCGUCAGGUCAAGUUUUAGUUCGUCUCUCUUUGUCAAAUGCUUUUGUCAUUAAGCAAACACUUUGAAGUGGAAAUUCUUGAGUAAGUGACUGUCUGUAUGCAGCAGUUUGUGUUAUCAGAAGUCACUUACCGUGUUUUUCUCCUUUUUACAAUGCUCAAGCUGUUGCAGAAUCUCAAAGUAUUCCGCCAAGGACGUUUUCCUUGUAGGAUAAAAGCUACAAAAUGUAAGGACUGGUUAGAGCCGGACCAAACGGGCUGAUGUUGCAACUUCUGUACAGAACGGUGUUCUUACAUGGAAUGUUCUCCCAGAUAGCAGAAGUUUAUAUAAAACAGAUGCCUAUCUGUGAGGUGUUGCUCUGACUUUUCUGAUUUUGUUGCGUUCAGAGCCUUUGAACGCUUGACCGCCUUCAAAUAAAAGACUUGAAAGACAAA